GAAGGCGUGCAAGAAAUGUUGAAGGACCAAAGUCUACCACUCGAUUUGAUGAUGGAUGACCAACGACUUUCUUCCAAUUGUAAAGUAGCGCUUUUGGCAGUACGAACUGCCUCUGUCGACUCAUUUGAAUGGUUUAGAACCUAUCCGUCUCCACAUAGCGAGAUGGAAUCUUCGGUUGUCGAUGCAUUGUGUGCCAGUAUGGCGUUGGCGACUAUUUUUGCUCCAGUAAUGGUUGGUCCUGAGUAUGCUGCGGAAGAGUUUAGUGGAGGAGGGCUUGGUUUUAAUAAUCCGACCCGCGAGCUACUCAAAGAGGCACAACUAGUGUAUGGCAGAGAGCGGCAACUGUCAGUUAUCUUGAGCCUUGGAGCCGGACGUCCCAAAGAACUCUCUCUGGAGGGCCCCGGAACCGACUCUGGUACAUUGGAGGAACUCGUGAGAAAGCUCACGAUCAGUUGUGAAACUGUCGAGAGAGAUGUCUCCUAUCAAUUGUACGACGUGGGAGCAUACAUUCGUUUGAAUGUAGACCAAGGAUUGGACAGUAUUGGCUUUUAUCAGUGGUCACAGCUGGGGAAAGUCACCUCUCACACAAAACACUACCUUCAGAGGACUUCUGUUGUCAAACUCGUCGACGCUUCAAUUAUCGCGCUCGCCGAAGAGCAAGGGGUCAUGGCUUUAGGUCAGCUGGCCCGCACGACAAAAAUAAAACGACAGGCCAAGGCUCCACCCGCUGUAUCUCCUUAUUUCGUCGUACGAAAGGGCAUUUGGGAGAUAUUUGAGUCCAAAAUCGUGAAUACAGAGAAGAGUGAUCUGAAUAAUCCGAAUAUAUUUGUUAUUACGGGCAUGGGAGGAUGCGGGAAGACUCAAAUGACUGCAUAUUUUGUGCAGAGUUCUCAUUCCACGAUUCAGAGUGACUUGAGGAACGCAAUAAGGUCCAUUGACGGACACCAGCAAGAUACCGACGAAGAUGCCCUCUCUUUUCUUUCGAAUCACCCAGAUUCACUGCUCAUUUUUGACAAUGCCGACAAUCCGAAACUAGACCUCGUUGCAUUCUUUCCAAGAUCCUAUCGCGGGAUUAUUCUCAUCACAUCUCGGGUUCGUAGCUUGGGGGAACUUGCAACCUUACAUCAUCUCGAGCUCGGUCCAAUGUCAAACCAAGAAGGGAUAGAAACGCUUGCCAAAGCCUCUCGGAGAAAACUCCCAGUCUCUAGCCGAGAUGAACAGUACAUGAAAGAACUCGUUGAGGAACUCG